GUUUCUGAAACAUUCUUCCGGGAAAAGCGGAAGUAGAAGCUCACAACAUUUUAUUUUGAAAUUUUGAAAACAUGUAACUUUUUGUUUUUUUCAAGUUCAAUCGAAUAAAAAACUGGAACAAUCAACUAUGGGUACCUCUCAAAGUCGCGAGGAUUACAUCUCUGACUCCGAAUAUGAAGGAGAGUCAGAAGAAUCAUCUCAAUACGACGACGCUCAAGAAACUAGCUCUUCUUCACCAAGAGGUACGAAAACUGUCCUAAAUUCUCUUGACGAAGUUGAUGCCAGACUCAAAUCGCUUAAACUGAAAUACCCGAGUCCCCUAAACUCUAAUCUUAAAAACCCUGUUAAGCUUUAUCUCCAUAUCGGUGGCAACACCCCCAAAGCCAAGUGGACCGUCUCUGACAAACUUACUUCUUAUAGUUUUAUUAAGACUAUGAAAUUCCAUGGAGGAAACGCCUCUGAUGAUGAUGAAGAGAUUGAUAGUGGAGAUGGGUUUUGGGUUUUGAAAGUUGGAUCAAAAGUUAGGGCUAAGGUUUCGACAGAAAUGCAAUUGAAAAUUUUUGGAGAUCAAAGGAGAGUUGAUUUUGUUGAUAAAGGUGUCUGGGCGUUGAAGUUUACUAGUGACUUGGAGUAUAGGAAGUUUGUUACUGAGUUUCAAGACUGCUUAUUUGAGAAUGUGUAUGGGCUUAAAGCCACUGAAGAGAAUAAGAGGAAAAUUUAUGGGAAGGAAUUUCUUGGGUGGGUGAUGCCUGAGAAGGCUGAUGAUUCGAUGUGGGAGGAUGCUGAUGAUGGUCUGGGGAAAACACCUGUAUAUGCGACACCUGUGAAGGAACAUCGAGAUGCUCUGGAGGAGUUUGAGGAGUUAGCAAAUGGAGGCGUGCAGAGUUUGGCAUUAGGUGCAUUGGAUAACAGUUUCUUGGUUAAUGAUUUGGGUGUGCAGGUUUAUAGAAAUUUUAAUCAUGGAAUUCAUAAUAAAGGUGCUAGUGUGAGAUUUGACAGUGGAAGUUUGAGAAUUGGUUCAAACUUGACUCCUAAGAAGGCUUUGUUAAUGAGAGGGGAGACAAAUAUGAUGUUAAUGAGUCCACUGAAAGAAGGGAAACCUCAUGCCUCAGCUAUUAAACAGCUUGAUAUAGAGACUGGGAAGAUUGUGACGGAAUGGAAGUUUGAGAAGGAUGGGGCUGACAUAACGAUGAGAGAUAUUACUAAUGAUACAAAAAGUUCACAGUUGGAUCCAUCGGAGUCUACAUUUCUUGGGCUUGAUGAUAAUAGAUUGUGCCAAUGGGAUAUGAGAGACAGGGGUGGAAUUGUGCAGAAUGUUGUGAAGGGUGAUUCACCAGUGUUGCAUUGGACUCAGGGGCAUCAGUUUUCAAGGGGCACAAAUUUUCAAUGCUUUGCAAGUACGGGUGAUGGAUCAAUCGUCAUAGGUUCACUUGAUGGGAAGAUAAGGUUGUACUCCAAAACAUCAAUGAGGCAGGCGAAGACUGCAUUUCCAGGGCUUGGCUCACCCAUUACUCAUGUGGAUGUUACUUAUGAUGGGAAGUGGAUCUUAGGCACCACUGAUACAUAUCUGAUUAUAAUUUGCACUCUAUUUACGGAUAAAGAUGGAAAGACAAAAACUGGUUUUAACGGGCGUAUGGGAAACAAAAUACCAGCUCCAAGAUUGUUGAAGUUGACUCCUUUGGAUUCACAUCUAGCUGGGAAUGAUAACAGGUUUCAUGGUGGUCAUUUCUCUUGGGUUACUGAGAACGGUAAACAAGAACGCCACUUAGUAGCAACAGUGGGCAAAUUCAGUGUGAUAUGGGACUUCCAGCAGGUGAAGAACAGUGCUCAUGAGUGCUACAGGAAUCAGCAAGGUCUUAAGAGCUGCUAUUGCUAUAAGAUUGUGUUGAAAGAUGAAUCAAUUGUGGAAAGUCGGUUCAUGCAUGACAAGUUUGCUGUUAGUGACUCCCCAGAAGCUCCACUGGUGGUGGCAACACCUAUGAAAGUUAGUUCUAUCAGCCUUUCUGGCAAGGGCAAGCGAUGACUUUGAAAACUGUCAUCUUUACAACAGAGCAUUGGCAUUUGUCGUUUAGGAAGUAGGACUGCUUCUGCUGUUUCAUUUCCGCUUGUUUAUGAAGUGCAUUUGAGUUUGUUCAUCCUGCCAGUGUUGGCUUUCUCCCUUCUGCUUGUAUAUUCUGUGAAGUUUUUUCAUUCAUCUUGUUGUAAACACGAUUAAAUGGCAAGGCUUUUCUAAGUAAAUGUGUUUAGUCUGCUGCAUUAUAUGCUUUGCAGAGGCAUGGUUUAAGCUUUGGCAGCCAGCCAGCCAGCCAAUAUAGGAUCCCAAGUGAAUUAUGUACAAGAACUGCCUAAUGUUUGUGCCCCAGAAAGACAAAAUAUCAUUGCUUCUUCUA